AUGAGCGACAGCGGCGCCGACCACUCCGACGGCGACUUUAUCGCACCGCCGCCGCCGCUUCUCCUGCCUUCGUCCAGCAUCGAAAGUCAGUCUUUCUUUCUUUCUCUCCACCGUUCAAUGAUCAGAUUCGAACUUUUAAAAUCGUAGGAAAAGGCUUACUAAUCGGAAAAAUAACUUUUUUUUGGAAUCAAAACGUUUAUUUCAAGUCAUCCUUACUUUCGGCAGCGCGCUAUGAAGACAAAAAAUUUCGAAAAAAAAAGUGAGAAUGAGGUACUGAUAUGCCGGUAGAGAUAAGAGAGGGGGAAACAAAAAUUAAGUUUGAAUGUUCCUUUCAAAAACACUUGAAAAUUUAGAAAACUAGAAGAUUCGUUUUAUAAAAUCGUUCUGAGCACCUCAAAAUCUUCAAAAUCAUUCUAUUUCCUUCAUUUUCUCAUCAAAAUGAUCAGCUUUGAAAUUCUUUUGUUUUGAAGAUUUCUUUGGUCAAAUCUUGAACAUGAAAACAUUUUUGAUGACUCUAAAAAAAGAAAACUUGUUUUUGAUUAUUAUUUCCAGAAUAUCCUAGAAUUUUAUUAUUACUUACUCUUGAGUUUCCCGGUCUCAUAGUCAUUUGAUUAGGAAGAAAGCGUUUCUCUAACUUCUGAGAGCUAUUUCCAUGCAAAGUAAGCGUUCCUCCAUGCCCAAAGGCCUUAUUCAAAGUUUUCCCGUAGAUAUAAUCUUUCACUUGACUCUCAGCACCAAGAAAAUAACUACUGUCGACAAAAAGGGCGUUUUUUGGAUGCGAUAAUUCGUGGGGAGAGGAAAAAGCGCGACGUGUUGGAUGUUGUGUGUGUGGUGGAACGAAGUUAACGAGAAGAAGUUGGCGACUCAGAUGAGGUCCGACUGCGCGAGAAACAAUUCUUGUUGUCGUGCGAACGCGGCGACAUCGGCAGCGUCCGCAAAUUGCUCGACAACAUCGGCGGCGAGCCGUUCAACCUCAACUGCGUCGACCCUCUCGGAAGGUGCCGUUUCAAAGAUGGAGGAAAAGAAAAUUAAAAAAUUAAAAAACAAAGGUUUCGAAAAAUCCCAACACAAAAAGCUCAACAGAAUCAAAAAGUUCCACGAAAUCGUCUUGGUACGACUAAAAAUUAGUGAAAAAGAAACAAGAGUGAAGUAAUCUGAAAUAUUUACCGUCAAAAGCUAGCUGCCUGAAAAAAAACUGCAUUUGUACUGGUUUGAUCAAUGAUUUCGCUUUCUGGUUAUACGAAAAUAGUCCUUGGGAAAAUAUUUCUAACCUUGAUAAUUCUGAAUCAAGCCGCAUUUCCGAAUAAGUUGCUUCGAAAGGAAGUAACAGUCAUCAAAUUUUAUUUCAGUUUGCGCAAGAAACAAAACAGCCGUCAUUUUUGAAAGCGAAAGCCUAAAAAAAAUUUCGUUCAAAAAUGGUUUAAGGACUUCAAUAAUUAUAUUUAUUUCAUUUAACUUUUCAAAGUUUCUCAUCAAAAAGUUUACUUAAGUCAUUAUUUAAAUUUUUUUAGUUUAUUUUUUUAGAAAAAUUUUUCCAUCUUGCUUCAAUUGGCGAAACGUUUUUUUCUCCCAGAAGAUGCAAUUAAAUUUCAAAAAUUAGUCUUCCAUUUUUUUCCAAGGAAGUACAAAAAAACGCAAAAGGCUGCAAUUAUUCACGGCAGCUUUUUCCAAGCAUCUGAAGUACGCUCCAACGAACCAUGUUUUCCAUUGACUGCUCACGUCUUCUUUUCUGAGCCUCGAUAAAUAUAUUGAAAAAAAAUGUUUCCCUAUGAACCUUAAGUGUUUAUUGGACCCAACUUCGAUAACCUUGAAAAUAGAAUUUUAUUUUUUGGAAGCCACCAAUUCGCGAAAAAAAAAAGUCUAUUCUCAUAUUGAAUUCAAUUCGAUUUCGUUUGCGUUUCUUUCAUUUUUCGGGACCUUUUCCUUUUUUUGCGACUAUUCUGAACGUCUCUUCCUCAAAACAAACGCGUCCAUCCCUAGGACCACUUUUGAAUUUUCUAAACUCUAUAUAGUCCAUUUACCGCUAGUUAGAAACGUUGUUUUGUAAAUUUCUUCAAGGGUCUCUUUCACAAAUUCAGACAUAAUGAUACUCUAAUUUUGCAAGGAAAAUCCUAUUUUAGAUCCUUACUAAGACUCUGUCAUUUAUUUUUUUCUUUAAAUUUUGAUAGUACUGAAAAGAGAGGACAUCAAAAUUCGUAGCUUUACAUUUUCUACUGUUCCAUUCGAGCCUCGAACAGGCCAAAGAACAAGUUUUUUAUAUCUGAGCGUUGUGAGAACUUUAAAAUCUUCCAGACGUUUCUGGUUCCUCAUUAAAACCUCCGAAGCCGCUUUACAACCGAUAAUAAACGUUCCCAAGCCGCUAAAAAACUCUUAAUAAUUUUUCUUUCUGUAAAAGAAAGAAGGAUUUCUUUGUUUUGAAACGCAGACAGUUAGGUUGAAAAGGUUCUCAAAUGACGGAAAAAGGAGGAAAAAAGAUAUUUGGGAAGAAAAGCCGGAUUUUUGAAGAAGCGCCCUGCUGAUGGCCAUCGAGAACGAAAACAUCGAGAUGAUCGAAUUACUUCUCGACCACAAUAUCGAGGUUUUCACUUCUACUUUUUCUCCAAUAGAAAUGUUUGAAAAUUUUGAAAUUUCGGUCAAGAAGACUGCCGUUUUUUUCUAUUUUUUUGAAAAUAUUAUUGAGAAAUUUCACGCAUACGUCAUCUGAAAAUCAUUCAUGAGAUACUCAAAACUCACAUAAAUCUAAUGAAAGUGAGAGAAACUAAUUAUAUAGAAUUUGGAGAUGAAACCUCAAAAAAUUAGAAAAAUCUAUUCCAGACGGGUGAUGCCAUUUUAUAUGCGAUUGGGGAAGAAAACGUCGAAGCAGUGGAAAUAAUUGUGGCGCAUCUGGAAAAAAUUGAGAAGUUCGACGCUGAGGUUUGUCUUUGCAGCACUUCAUCUGAAGAUAAAAGAGAAAUCAACGAUUCAGAGACAAGGCGUCGAGAUAACGGAACACUCGGCAUUCACCCCAGACAUCACACCGAUCGUUCUAGCCGCUCAUAAGGUUGACAAACUUAUUAUUAUUAUUAGAACAUAUUUGUUAGAAUUAACAAAUUAAAAUUGAACUUUUUUUUUUCUAGGACCAUCUUCAUAGUGAGAACAAAAAAUGAAUAUAAAACUGACAGGUUAGAUUUUAAAAAUCCAUUUUUUUUUAUAAAGUUAUCGUAUAGUCUGUGUGCCACGACUUGAAAUUUCACGCAACGACAUUCCGCUGUGCCGCUACGCGCCUUUGCGCACCUUGGUCGUGAUUUUAUUUUAUUUUUCUUCUAUUAAGGUACUCUACUUUCAGGUGCUACCACAGCAAUAACAAUCAAUUGAAAGCGUGACCUAGAUUCGAAAUACGCUUCGCGAACGCACGCAGCGGAACAGCGGAAUGUCGUUCCGUGAAAUUUCAAAUCGUGGCAUACAGACUAUAGACGCUUUUUCAAAUGAUUUUUACUUUUUUUUCAAACUUGAAAAUAAUUGCUAACAGAACGUUAAAAAUCCCCAAGUAUCGAUUCCAGGACAACUACGAGUGCAUAAAACUGUUCCUUGACAAGAAAGGUGGUGUUCCUCAUCCGCACGACGUCAGAUGCUCUUGCUCAGAAUGUCAUGUUGUGAGUAUUUCCGGUUUCAACCCGGUAAAUAACUAUUUCAACAACAAUUUUUAUUUGAAGGCUCGUGAAGACGACUCUCUUAGGUUGUCAAGAUCCAGACUAAAUGCCUACCGCGCACUGACUUCGCCGUCUUUGAUUUGUCUGUCGGCCCGAGAUCCUAUUCUUUACGCCUUCGAACUGAGUUGGGAACUUCGGCGGUUGUCCUACAUUGAGAACGAGUUCCGAUCAGAAUAUCAGGUUGAAAACCUCGUUUUCUCUUGGAAUCUUUUCAGUUUUCAGGAGCUCUCUCAAAAAUGUCAAAAGUUCUGCGUCCAUAUGCUCGAUCAGGUGCGCGGUUCGAAAGAACUCGAGAUCGUUCUCAACUACACGGCCAACGCUUGGCAUCAGGUAGGUGGAAUUCACUUGAAAUCUGAGAAAGAACUACAGGAGCAACUGGCUCGUUUGAAGUUGGCGAUUCAAUUGGCACAGAAAAGGGUGAGGACUUACUGUAUGAUGAUGAAACAUUAAAUUAACGUUUGUCCAGUUCGUGGCACAUCCAAAUUGUCAACAACUACUUGUGGACAUGUGGUACGAAGGAGUUCACUUCGUCAGGAACACUUGCGGCUUUUUUCGAGUUUGAUUUUCAAUAACAUAAGUUUCUGAGUUGGUUGUCCAGUUCGCCUUCUACCUGCUGACAAUGAUGAGCUUUCCGAUAUUCGCCAUAAUCUACCUGGUGGCGCCGUCCUCCCAGCUCGGCCAAUUCGUCAAAAAGCCCUUCAUAAAGUUCCUUGCUCACUCUGGAAGCUACGUUUUCUUCCUGCGUCAGUUUUGCAUAACAUUUAAAACUAUUGAAAGAAUCUUUCAGUUCUUCUGAUCAUGGCGAGUCAACAAGUGAACAUCGUGGACAGCACCUUCCAGCGAGAAGACGUGAUUCAUCGGAAAGAGACGCGCGGACCUCCACCGACCAUCAUCGAAUGGGCCAUCUUCGCCUGGGUCCUUGGUUUGUUCGGAUAGACUUUUUGACUGUUCACGCCAAACUUUUUCGGGCUUGAUCUGGGUGGAGAUCAAACAACUGUGGGACUGCGGUCUUCACGAUUAUUGCCGAAAUCUCUGGAACAUCCUCGACUUUAUCACCAACGCCUUGUAUCUUUGUACGGCUGCACUGAGAGCCGUCUCCUACUUGCAGGUCGAAAAAGAGGCUUCGAAUCCAAAAAUGUUCCACAUCGCUCGUCAUCUUCACAGGUAGGUUCUGAUGAAUGAUUCAACCCGAAACGUCUUCAGACGUGACUGGGACGCCUGGGAUCCGACUCUAGUCAGUGAAUGUGUCUUUGCAACAGCCAACAUCUUCUCUUCGCUCAAGCUCGUCCACAUUUUCACCGUGAAUCCAUAUUUAGGGCCAUUGAAAAUAUCUCUAGGUAAACCUUUAAAAAAAACUAGCAAUUCGCGGCCGGUUUCCAGGAAGGAUGGUUAUCGACAUUGUCAAGUUCUUCCUAGUCUACGCUCUGGUUCUGUUUGCCUUCGCCUGCGGACUCCACCAGCUGCUGUGGUACUACGCCAGGAUGCGACACAGCGAGUGCGAGCAGUACGAGAAGUGGAAGUCCAACAACGUCGGACCGGCUCCGCGGAACCUCGAGCCUUACAAGGACUCCUGCGACGACAAGUACAAAGCGACUCUAAGGUAGGAAAAGCUAUUGAGAGGAAAAUGUAGCUUUGAUUGAAGCAUUUAUCACACUGCCGAAACUUUGUUCUGGGCGUUGUUCGGUCUUGUCGAUUUGCAACACUUCAGGCUGAAGGUUUUUCUUUUUCUUGGAUCUUAUAAACAGUUCGGAAAUCCAAUUUACAAGCUUUCCGAUGAGUUUUAAUUUCUUCAAAAUUCAGGAAGACCAUCUACUUUCUGAAUGGACGGGCAAAACGAUAUUCGGAAGCUACUGUUGCUGUUCCAUCAUAGUUCUGCUGAACAUGCUCAUCGCCAUGAUGAGCAACUCCUACCAAUACAUAUCGGUAGUUCGCAAUUGAAAAUGUGAAAAUUCGUUUUCUACAGAACCAAGCCGACGUCGAAUGGAAAUUCGCGCGGAGCAAACUUUUUCUAGAAUAUUUCGAUGACACAGCCACUCUACCGCCUCCAUUUAAUAUUCUACCGUCUCCUAAAACUUUUUAUUACGGUGAAAUUAUAAAUAAACUCGGAAAAAAAAACUAAAAGUUUCAGGCUUUCGAUGGAUUAUGGAUAGGUACUGCAAUUGUUCCAAGUUCAUACAGUUGGGAAAGCAUAAAAGCAUUCGAGUAAGUCGAGGAAAAUUUACUCGGUAAAGACAAAGAUUUUCAGAACCAAAAAAUUUUGCGGGUGGUCAAUGACCGGGAAAACAACUACAGAGUGAGCGAUGAAUGAGAAAAACUUCUAAAUAAUGCUUUGAAUAUUCAGUUUGUAACACGAAACUUGGUAAAGCGCUACGUCGCGCAGAUGCAACGCACGAAGCAGCAAAACGUCGGCGUCACAGAAGAUGACGUCAACGAAAUAAAACAGGUGAGUUCUCACUCUGCUGGUGGAUGAAACGUAUGAAUGCAUCAGGAUAUCAGCGCGUUCCGGUAUGAACUUCUGGAUAUCUUAAGGAAGGCCGGAUUCCAAACGGGCCACACUGACAUCACUCAGAAGACGUUUUGUGAGUGGAAGUUAUCAACUAGAAAACUUUAUUGAAUAAUACUUUGAACGAAUUUCGAUCCUCGAAAAGCUAGUAUCUAUGCUUGAAAAUGCUAGGACUCUAUGAGAGCUCAAUUAAUCGCUUAUAAUUAGCUGAGAGAAUGAAAAAUAACUUUUCCGUAGUUCCUCUAUUUAUGGCAACUUUGAAAUUGCUUACUGGUAUUUCUCAUGAAGCUUCAAAAUUUCCUUGUAAAUUUGAAACUAAAAAAAAUUCCCUUAUAAAUUUGAAACUUGAAACACGCCACCGAAAAAAAAAUUGAAAAGAACUUUUCAGCAAGAAACAAGAAAAAAGCCGCAAUGGUGGAAAGAAGGUUGAAGAAAGCCGGAACUCCGGUAGAAAUGCCUGUUCCAAAUAUUUUCAAGGUACCCUUAAACUAUUUCUUUUUCUUACGCCUCAACUCCCAGAUAAAACCACAAGACACGCCGCCACACGCUCCUGACGUCAGAAAGUGAGUCGAAAAAAGAGGAUUUGAAACACGAUCUUCAAUAAUAUAUACUUACUCCAGGAAAAGCUUCUCGUUCCAACCGCCGAGAUUCAACUGGAACGUCCUCAAGAAAAGAAACGGCUCAAAAAGAAAUCGACACGCAAAAAGUCUUUCCUUUGACGUUAACGCUAUCGAAGAACUCCAUCUACCUACCUGCUCCAAUCACAGGUAUCAAAAAAUCAAAUUAUUCUACAUAAAGAGAACUAUUUUUUCCCCAAUUCCACAAAAUUACCACCAAUAAAUGUUCUUUUUUACCCUUUUCCCUUUUUCUUCCAAAAUCAAUUGUGAUAAUUUCUCUCAUUAUUCCAUAGAUUUAUGAAAAAUAUUUCGAACCUUACAUAGAAAAAUCAGUAGAGCCUCCAUAACUUUUUUUUUUUGAAACGCUCAAGUUAUUUUUGUAUAUUUUUCAUAACUUUGCCCAAGUUGCCACUUUCAAGUUUCAGGCGAGCCCCGCUGCAGAAACAAGGAAAGGAAAGCCUGGAAGACUACGAAAACACGAGUAUCGAUGAGAUUUUGUGA